GGCGGAAGACGCGAGAAAGCGUAGAUCGUUGUGGCAGUCUUGUAGGAAUUCAAUUUUUCGAUUACGUUGCGCUCGCAGGCCUUGUUUGGCUGCGCAUAGAAGUUCGUUGGCCGUGCAGCAAUGUUCUCGUCUCUCAUUUCCACAAGCCACAAAACCACAUCAACAGGCCGGCGCAGACGAGGACGACCAUAGCUUGUACAAGACUGUCGACCUGAACCAGUACUACAACGAGUUUGCGAAGAUCGCUUUCACCGUCGUCGCGCUGCUCCGGGACAGCCUAGAGGUCCCGUCCGAGUUAGACUUGGAAGAAAUGGAAAGGACCCACUGGUCCGUGAUGCGGUUUCUCGACUACCCCUCGCUGCCCGUGGAAAAACUGCCGACCAACCCGGAGCUGGACCACAAACUGCGGCCGCGGAUUCCGCCGCACGAAGACUUCGGGCUGAUCACCAUCCUACGGCAGGACGAGAACGGUGGCCUGCAAGUUUUGAACAAGGACGAGACCGUGAAAAAGAACCUCCCGGAGAAGGACUGGAAACGACACGGCGUGUACGAAACGAUCGCCGGGAAGGCGAAGGCAAAAUUGCCGGACCGCAGUGGAACAGCAGGUGCGAGCAAUGUACAAGGUGCUACGGCUGAAGAGCCCCUGCAGGAGCCGUUGAUUGUGAACAUCGGCCGCGUCUGGGAUUCCUACACCAACGACAAAGUGCGAGCGACUACGCACAAAGUCGAGCCGGUGAUUGUGGACGGGCGGACGACGGCACGCAAUUCGCACGCGUUCUUUUUGAACCCGAACUGGGUCUCGUGCUUCUUCGGGCCUUUGCCGCAGUACGGAGGAGACAAGAAAGAUUGGAUCAAUUUCGGCAUGCACAUAAACAACUGCAUCAAGCCUCGGUAUUAAAGAGGGAGAUAGAAAGAUGAUAGAAAAUAGAAAAGUAGAAAGGAUCGCGCCGCCUUUUGUCGUUUUGGAAAUUUAGUACCUGCUCAGUUAUACCAAAGUAAUUUGUCGCCUUUCUUUAUACAGCACUUUGACGCUUAUUUUUCCGACAAAUUCAAGCGCGCAGGGGCGUUACGUUUUACCACGAAUAUAAAGAAUCCUGUUGAUUUGACACCUAACGAAAUAGAGUUGGAACCUAACGAAGAGAGAUGAAACCUAACGAACAGUAGAGAUGGAACCAAACCUUCCUAACCAACUCCGCGCUAGAACCGAAUCUUGAGUUUGUGGUGCAAGAGCGCUGAAACUGAAGGGAG